CCCGGCCCCCCACUUCUCUGGUGCUGCCUUCGGUCUAGGCUGCCAUUUGUCCCGAUGUCUUGGACACCUAUUAUUCCAUGUCUGGCGGGAUGAGCUAGGACGGACGAAACCUUGGAUCUUGUAGAGCCAUACCUAGGUACCGGUACUGCUUGAUGCCCACCAAUGCCGGAUACAUGCCUGCCGUAACGUCUGCACCUCUCCCGUAUCUCACAGCUGCUAACCUUUUCCAGCUGCUUUCGCAUUCGCAGCCUUCAUCGUUAUGGACCGUUGCAGACCCCCCACAAGAGUCAACCUCUCGCGGCGCCGGGCCUGCGUUUGUCGAAACCUCCAAGAUUCGGUACCUCGGUGACUGGAUGACCCAAGGUACAAAGGUACAACUGCCACCUUCUUCGAGGAUUCGAGUCCAGCUCUUCACUCGCCCUAGCUUGGCAAGUGGUCGCUCAAAUAAACAAGACACUCCGAGUACAAGACACGUCUGGUUUGCUCUUUUGCGCAUCGGCUCGUCUGGGAACAACACCUUUUAUCUGGAACUGCGAGGCAUUCUCUGCGAUCACAGCAUCCCAUCACCACGAGGAACAUUAUCGUCUUGUCGCGACCUUUCCCAACCAAUCCGAACAACGCCGUCCUGUACAUUUUUGGUUUGUUCUUACGAGUCGUCGCAAGUUACGACCACUUGCUCGGUUACUUUGCUCGACGCCUCAGCACUGACCACCGAGGCGCGCGUCCAGAAAAUAGGCAAACGUUUGCCAAGUCCGUUUCCUUCACCCUUCAAGAAGUCAACCUUACUUCUUUUUUUUUACUCUCAGGAGACCAGGACAGUCAACACUCAAACCAACCGUCUCGGCUUCCCACUGCCCACAAGAGCGGGCGAGUUUGAACUGCCCUCUUCCACCUUCUUCUCGUAACUUGUUCGACAGAAACACCCAUUUUCAACUCUCUAUCACUUCACCGAAGUCCCCACCAUCAUCGCAUUUUCUUCACCACUGGUAUCACACGGCUUUCCUUGCCCCCAUCUCACUCCUUGCCUGGUUUUUAGGUUCCCAGACUACUCAGAACCGAUUUGGGCCCAGUUCAAGAGGACACUUGUGACUUGACUCUCGAGUCAUGGUUAGGUGAUACCGUACAAGCACAUC